GAAUGAGCUCAGACAAAAAUUAAACAAUAGUCGUUCUUGUGUUUUGACACGUUGACUUCGUCAAGUGUAAGAUUUCUUGAGGUUUUCACCGCAAAUUUGGGUCUGCAAAGUUUGAUAAUCAUGAGUACUUUAGCGGAGAUGCCGUGCUACACUCUCAUCAAUGUUCCUAGUGACGUUGAAGCUUGGUCGGAGCAAAAACUCAAGGAUGACCUCGAAAAGGGGGACGUCAAAGCAAAGACGGAGGCCUUGAAGCGAGUUAUCUAUCAGAUAGUCAAUGGGGAUAAAAUGCCAGCUCUCCUAAUGAUCAUCAUUCGUUUUGUCCUUCCAUCGCAAAACCACAUGAUUAAGAAACUCUUGUUGAUCUUCUGGGAGAUUGUGCCCAAACUUGGCCCGGAUGGAAAGCUGUUGCAAGAGAUGAUCUUAGUCUGUGAUGCAUAUAGAAAGGAUCUUCAGCAUCCCAACGAGUUUAUCCGUGGAUCAACUUUGAGGUUUCUAUGUAAACUGAAGCAACCUGAGUUACUCGAACCCUUGAUGCCAACAAUCCGUUCAUGCCUUGAGCAUCGUCAUAGUUACGUCAGACGCAACGCAGUGAUGGCAAUUUACACUAUCUACAAGAAUUUUAAUAUUUUGAUUCCCGAUGCACCUGAGUUGGUUCACACGUUCCUUGAACAAGAACAAGAUGCAUCGUGCAAACGAAAUGCGUUCAUGAUGCUCAUUCAUGUUGAUCAGGAUCGAGCACUUGACUACUUGAGUACAUGCAUUGACCAAGUGAAUGGAUUUGGCGAUAUUUUGCAGUUGGUCAUUGUUGAACUGAUUUAUAAGGUAUGCCGUGGAAAUCCAAACGAGCGCGCAAGAUUUAUAAGAUGUAUUUACAAUCUUCUGAACUCAUCGUCGCCCGCGGUACGUUACGAAGCGGCCGGUACAUUAGUUACAUUGUCAUCUGCUCCAACUGCAGUGAAGGCUGCCGCAUCUUGCUACAUUGAAUUGAUCGUCAAAGAAAGCGAUAAUAAUGUAAAAUUGAUUGUCCUCGACCGAUUGAUUGCGCUGCAGCAGAAUCCAGCUCAUGAGAAAAUUUUACAGGAACUUGUGAUGGACAUUCUUCGCGUUCUUGCCUCUCCUGAUCUGGAAGUCAGAAAGAAAACGUUGGAUCUCGCUCUCGAAGUCGUGAACACACGAAACAUCCACGAAGUCGUCAUGAUACUCAAGAAGGAAAUAACUAAAACUCACACGGAGGAAAGCCCCACGGAUGAUUCCGGAAAUUACCGACAGAUACUCGUUCGUACUCUUCACGCUUGCAGCGUUAAAUUUCCGGAUGUAGCCGAAUCCGUCGCGCCCGUACUCAUGGAAUUCCUUGGCGACUCAAACGAGCAAGCUGCUUUAGACGUUUUGGUUUUUGUCCGCGAAGCUGUACAACGUUUUCCUAACUUAAAGCCGGUGAUUCUGGACAAACUUCUUGAGACGUUUUCUCAAAUAAAAAGCCUGAAAAUACAUCGACAUGCACUGUGGAUCUUGGGUGAAUAUUGUGAAAACGAAGUUGACUUGAUGAAUGUAAUGGAUGUUGUUAAGACUUCUCUUGGAGAGGUUCCCAUUGUUGACGAUGAACUUCGAAAGGCUGCUGGUGUUGAAACGUUGGAGGAUAAUAAAGAACAAGGCACGACAGUUACUAAGACAAGAGUGACCGCUGAUGGUACAUAUGCAACAGAAAGUAUAUUUGUGAGCGCCCCCGGAUCACGCAAGGAAGAGAAGCCUCCUCUUCGUCAAUAUCUUUUGGAUGGUGAGUUCUUUGUUGGCGCUGCGUUGGUGGGUACGCUGACAAAAGUCGCCCUGCGCUACAUUGAGUUGGUUGCUGAUGAAAAGAAACAAAAUAUAUUCUGUGCCCAGUCCAUGUUGAUCAUGGCUAGUAUCCUUCACCUUGGGAAGUCUGGUCUUUCGAAGAAGACAAUUACCGACGACGAUGUUGAUCGUAUAACUCUGUGCAUUCGUGUGUUGGCGAAUCGCAGUGCUUUGAUGAAAAAUAUCUUUACAGUGGAAUGUCGACGCUCUCUGUCCAACAUGCUCGAAUCAAAUAAACAAGAUUCUGAAGAAAUGAACAAGGUUAACGAAAGGAAAGUUGUCAGUAUCCAAGCAGACGAUCCAAUUGCAUUCAUGCAACUUCUGGCUACUGCUGAAAACGAAAUACUCGAGGACCGUUACGAUGCUACUUUAUCACAAGCUGUUGGAUUAGAUAAACAGGAAGAAGACGCCAAGAGUUCAAAGUUGAAUAAGGUGACUCAGUUGACGGGAUUCUCCGAUCCGGUGUUCGCCGAGGCUUACGUUAACGUCAAUCAAUACGACAUAGUCCUCGAUGUCCUCAUCGUAAACCAAACUUCGGAUACAUUGCAAAAUGUGGUUUUGGAGCUGGCUACAUUAGGGGAUUUGAAAUUAGUUGAAAAGCCAACUCCUAUUUUGCUUGGCCCUCACGACUUCUCGAACAUAAAGGCUAGCGUCAAGGUCGCAUCGACAGAGAAUGGGAUUAUAUUUGGCAACAUCGUCUACGAUGUCUCUGGCGGAACUGGUGACCGUAACUGCGUUGUUCUUAACGAUAUUCAUAUUGAUAUAAUGGACUACAUAAUCCCCGCUUCGUGUACCGACACUGAAUUCAGACAAAUGUGGGCUGAAUUUGAAUGGGAAAACAAGGUAACAGUGAACACAAACAUCAAAAACCUACGAGAAUACAUCGAUCACCUUAUCACUUGUACAAACAUGAAACUGCUUACACCUGAAAAGGCAUUGUGUGGUGAUUGUGGCUUUAUGGCGGCUAAUCUCUAUGCGCGCAGUAUUUUUGGCGAAGAUGCGUUAGCCAACGUGAGCAUUGAGCUUCCAUUUGACGAAGGUCCAGACGCUUUUGUCACAGGUCACAUUCGUAUCAGAGCAAAAAGUCAGGGGAUGGCUCUAAGUCUUGGCGACAAGAUUAAUCUGUCUCAGAGGAAACAAGCGGCGAAUUGAAUGUAACUAGAUUUUCAUAUUAUAAACUUUCGAAAGCGACAUUAAAAUGAAUAUUGUCAUAUUGAAA